AGAUAGCAAAUCUUACUCCAAAUAAUGAGUCCCAAUGGAUGAGAUGAAAGAUGUUUAUGGGUACGGGUACCUUAACCCACUUACCAUAAUCACAUUUCUUUCCAAGUGAACAAUUCCAUUUUACAGCAUUCGUUAGUUAUAGUAGAUCUUCCAACGAAAUAGGAUGUCAGAACAGAGAGAGCAUGUGUUCUACGGAGGAUCUCUAAUCGGCAGUAUUGAUUGUGAUUGUUCCUCCUUAGGUUCACUAAUUUUGAAGCGUCUGUCAGAGAAUGGAAAGGACGAAGCGUUCAUAGAUGCUAUAUCAGGUGAAUCGAUUAGAUACGAUCAAUUAUUAGAAUGUGUUUUGAUUCUGUCCCAUCGACUAAGAAGCUGUGGAAUCGGAAAGGGAUCCGUUGUGGCUAUUAUGAGCGAAAAUAGCAAUAAAUUUCCAAUCGCUGCACUCGGGACUAUUUGCUCUGGUGCAGUCGUUCUUCCCCUUAAUCCCAGUUACACCGAAACGGAGCUUAAUCAUAUCUUAAGCCUCACGAAUCCUCAGCUGAUUUUUGCUUCUACAAAAGCCUUGCACACAUUACUAUCUAUACAUUCGCAGCAUCCUUGUAUAAAACAGUUCAUUUCCUUUGACAACUGUGUAAUAAAUCACAAAAUAAUUCUCUUUGACAAAUUUGUGGAACACACAGACAGCUAUCCAGUAACUGCCUCAGACCCAGUUCUACUGAAAGACGACGUUACUCUCAUGGUUCUGUCCUCAGGAACAACUGGUUUUCCUAAAGCCGUCCAACUAACGCACUACAAUGUGAUGACGGUGAUCGCCUACAUGCGGGAAGAUCCACGCUACACUCAACUUUCCGUACCGAUACGGUUGCUUGGGCUACUGCCUUUCUACCAUGUCUACGGUUUCAUGCUAACUCUUAAUGUGGCCUGCAAUCACUACCCAAUGGUAGUGUUGCCCCGUUUUGAGCCUGACCUGUUUCUUCGCAGCAUUCAAAAUCAUCAAAUCACGAUGGCUAACCUGGUGCCGCCAUUGAUGGUGUUUCUUGCCAAACAUCCUGCCGUCGAUAACUACGAUCUGAGUUCUCUCCGAGCAAUUCUUUGCGGUGCAGCUCCUCUCAGCAAACAUAUCGAAGAUCAAGUGUUGAAACGACUACCGCACGUACAAUCUGUUCGAACAGCGUAUGGAAUGAGUGAAACGUCAUUAGGAGUAUUGUCGAAAGUUAACGACAAAGCCGGAAGCGUGGGUCGAGUGCACAAAACCAGCUGGGUUAAAAUAGUUGAUAACAGCGGAAAUUCUUUGGGGCCGUACGAAGUAGGUGAAAUAUGCGUCAAAGGACCACUGGUGAUGAAAGGAUACUAUAGAGAUGCAGAAGCUACCAACCAAUCCAUAGAUGAACAGGGCUGGCUUCACAGUGGAGACACCGGUUAUUUCGACGACGAAGGCGAUUUCUUCAUUGUGGAUAGAAUCAAAGAUCUGAUCAAGUAUAAAGGUUUUCAAGUGGCUCCUGCGGAGAUAGAAAGUGUGCUGUUGAGUCAUGAAGCAAUACGAGAUGCAGCAGUCGUCGGAUUACCGGAUGACAACUGCGGGGAGCUACCUGUAGCGUUCGUGGUUCAAACGGACAAGCUUUCCGAAGAUCAAAUCAAACAGUUUGUGGAGUCUAAAUUAUCUCCGCAGAAACAUCUUCGCGGAGGAGUAUACUUUGUGAACGAAAUACCGAAAACCGGAAGCGGCAAGAUACUACGCCGCGAGCUUCGUAAGCUUCUACCUAAAAAAACAAAGGCAAAACUGUAAGAGUCGUUGAACGAACUUCGAUUCGCGAUACGCACGUGAUGGAAUUGGUAGACAUUUGCUGUACUAUUAGUUUAUCAGAAGCUCCACAGUCAUUUAGAAUACAAAACCACCAUUUAGUGAUUACCGUAACAGAUACUUUUCAUGAGCGAAAGACGCCUUCUUCAUAAUUUUGGAUGUACACUUAGACCUACCAAAGACCAAAUGUUCAGAGAGUUAACCUACGAACGAGCAAACAUUAGAUUUUCUAAAAGGAACAAAUUCCACUGAUUGAUUUGCUCAUUGAGAUGGUUCUCCUUUCACUAAAAAUUUGCCCUCUGGGAGAGAUAAACAUUGCCGAAAUUUUUCCGUUGGGAGGUCCAAAUUUAAUCAAAUAUGCGUGUGCGUAGAUAUCUGUACUAUAUUAUUCACUUCACUGGUAUCGUACAUUUUAACGUAGGACUACGUCUUCAUUUUAUAUAGAAAGGAAUGCAAAUUCUAAAUACGGAGAAAAAACCGUGCAAACAGUGAUCGCAUCUAUUCGAGUAGAUAAAACUAUAUAUUUGAGAUAAUUGGUGGUCGGAACUUCAAUAAAUAACGAACAACGUAUAAUUUACCCUAUUUAUCAAGCCUGUCUCAUAGCAUUCCCUUAUAGAAACGACAAUUUCGUAAACAUAAGAUCACUUCCCAUUUCGUAUAGCAAAGCGCGACUAUUUAAACUGAGUAUCUUCGCACAAUCAAAAUAUUAAACAUUAGUAUAUAAAACAAGAGUAACUAAAACACCUAUUAUUAAUAACGAAUCGUAUGAACAACAAAGAUGAAAUGCCAAAGGGUCAAAACACUUGUACUGUAAAACGUUGAUAUAAUACACAAAAAUAAGAUUUAUAAACAGAUAUUUAUGCAAAAAAAUGCACAAUCAAAAUUAGUAUUGACCCGGCUUGCACUCUGUGCAGUUUGUUAAGGCAGGAUUCAUCAGCAAAUGGGCCUUCUGUGGAUUUUUAUGAGCCGUUCGCCUUGCAUGAGAGGCAAUGAUUUUGGUCGGAACACUGCUGAUUUUUUACAUUCGAGCUACUGAACGACCUCAACAACCGAGAGCUGCAUAAUUUUGAUCCGGGGUGGCAUUAUACAUCCAAGCCGAAUCGACUUGUCCAUACAAAAGCUCGUACAAAAAGUCUUUCGUUUCGAGAUUAACUAUGCGGACGCAGCACGUCUCAUCACCAACAUAAACUAACGGUACUUUUCGGGAGAUUAAUUUUUUUAAUUGCAUUGCAUUUUACCAAAAAUAAAAUAACGAGAAUUGAACAAUGCAUACCGUCUCAAUAUUGCUUAUUUCAAUUCUUUCACUAAAAUUGUCCAUGUGUGUGUGUUCAUUGGAUAACAGUUUCGCUUACAGCUAAUUCAAUGAGUACUUUUAUGACAAAUGUACAUGGGUUAUAGCAUUUAUUACUUUUUAGGUUAAGUAUAAUUUGCAUUAAGGCAAAUUUCACGUCCGCCAUUUUGAUGUUCUACCCUUGCAUUUAUUGCCAUCAAAUAAAUUUCAAAACACAAACAGAAGGAAAUACGAUUAACGCAACGAAGCUGUUUUAUACCAAAAUAACGACGAAUCUCAAAACAUAAUGUUUUUAAAUCAGAAUUUUGCAAGAAGCGCAUUUAUUUCAAGGCGAUUAGUUAUGAUUCUUACUUUUAUCUAUACAUUAUUAAAAUCCUUACUAUGUAAUUCAUCCGAAUAAAUUUAAUGUUGAUUGUAAAGCAGGUUUUAAAA